AUGACAUCGUCUUCUUCAACGUAUCUUUUAUCAGACCCAACAACAUCAUUAAUAGGUUCAAAAUCAAUUCUUAUUAAACAAUCUUCACCAACAAUGUUUCAUUCUGUUCAACAUCAAUUUCAACAUCCACUUCAUCGACCUCCUCUACCAUUACAUUCUCAUCAACAAAUUGUGAAAUCAAUACCUGCCAAUGAUACAUUUCAUUCAUUAACAGUUCCUAAUAUCAAUAAUGGAAAUUCACUAUUAACAACAAAUAAUAACAACGGAUCAUCCGUAUUGACAACAAAUAAUAAUGAUGAAAUCAGUGGUAGUUUAAAUGGACAUAGUCUUUCACAAAGUAUGGAAUCAAUAAAUAAUAUUGGCUUACAAGAUGAUGAGGUAAGAUGA